AAGGUCUUCCGAGCGUAUAAAUAAUGACAGGGAGUUUCCAGUGGCAUCGUUCAGCAGUGAGACGUCGUACGAUACGCAUCGACCCAUCCGAGCUAUUUUUUCCCCCCAAUUUAAUCAAAAAACAUCAACAAAUUAUUAAUUGUCAGCAUCCAGUGAGAUCUACAAUUAAUAAGUCAGCGAAAAUGGCAGCAUCACAAGUCCGUCAGAACUUCCACGCUGACAGCGAAGAGGCGAUAAAUAAGCAAAUCAACAUGGAAUUGUAUGCCAGCUACACCUACUUGUCCAUGGCAUACCACUUUGACAGGGACGACAUCGCUUUAGAAGGAUUCUCCCAUUAUUUCAAGAAGGCCUCCUGCGACGAAAGGGAGCAUGCGAUGAAGCUUAUGUCCUACCUGAACAAGAGAGGAGGCAGAAUUCUCCUCCAGGACGUUGUCAAACCGACCAAAGACGACUGGGGCACCGCUGAAGAAGCUGUUGCAGCUGCUCUUCAGCUCGAGAAGGAUGUCAACAUGAGUCUUUUGACCCUUCAUGGAAUCGCUGGAUCUCAUAACGAUGCAAACCUAUGUGAUUUUAUUGAGAACGAGUACUUACAGGAGCAAGUCGAUUCCAUAAAAGAACUCGGAGACCUGCUGACCAACGUCCGCCGCGUUGGCGAAGGCCUCGGUAUCUUAGUGCUCGACAAGGAACUCAAGUCUUCAUAAAAGUCAAUUGGAAACAUUUUAAAUAUACAUUCACGAGUCAUUUUUACACACAAUAGCCUUUAUAGAUAUUUGUGAGAGAUUUUUACAAUAUAUUAUUCAAACAAUACUUACCUCUUGUUUCUAUUACUAUGUAUUACAAUAUUGUACUCGUUACUAUCUGUCACUGUAUAAUCGUUUAAAUGGAUCCAUUGUAUGUUUGUUUCUUUGUUUGGCUGUGUUUUCUAGGCAGUGCAUUUUUUAGUUAAGUAUACUCGUGUAAAUUGUAUAUUUCUUUAUUAAUAGUAAAACAAAAAAAAUGUUCUCUAAAAAAUUGAUUUACCAAUUGGGUAUUUCUGUUUGCGAUUAGAGUUUUAUUACAUGUUAUUCUAAUUGUAUAAAAAUAGAAAUAUUAAAACGGUAUA